AUGGCCGUUCCGUUACCAUUGGACAUUCCGCUCUCACUCGCCGGUCCGGCACUUGCGACUACCCUGGCCUAUCUGAACGCGAGGUACUCUCUCUUUUACGACAAGAAGAUCUUCCACGGCCUCUUCAAAUCCAUCAUCAAAUCUCGCCUCGCGCAGCGCCGUGACAAUCUGAAUCUCUUCUAUGUCCUGGAGAAGCAUGCCCUCAAUUCCGCAUCGAAGGACCGGCCAUUCAUCGUCUACAAUGGCCGCAGCUGGAGCUUCCAUGAAACGUACAUAGUAGCCUUGCGAUAUGGGACCUGGUUCAAGAAGGUGCACGGCAUCAGGCCUCGUGAGAUUGUGGCCUUGAAUAUGAUGAACUCGUCAACCUUCGUUUUCAUCUGGCUCGGACUCUGGAGUAUCGGCGCGGUGCCGGCCUUUAUCAACUAUAACCUCACUGGAAAGCCGUUGACACAUUCGAUCCGCACUUCGACUGCCCGGCUGAUGAUCGUCGAUGAAGAAGUUCGCUCCUCUUUUGGUCCCGAUGAGUUGGCAGCUUUUGCGUCUCCUGAUUUUCGGGAAGACGGGGGUGCCGUCGAGGUCAUCUUCCAUACACCGGAGAUUGAAGCCCAGGUUCUGCAAACAGAGGCGGAAAGAGAGGAUGACAAAGCGCGCAAUGGUGUUCAACUUCGGGAUAUGGCCGCGUUGAUCUACACCAGCGGUACAACGGGACUUCCAAAGCCUGCUAUCGUCAGCUGGAGGAAAAGUUGGGCAGGAAGCGUCUUCGUGAGCCACUUUGUGGAGAUGGCCACGCACGACCGUGUCUAUACUUGCAUGCCGCUUUAUCACUCAUCGGCUGCCAUACUGGCAUUCCUGGCUUGUCUGUCGGCUGGAUCUACAUUGAUUGUAGGUCGAAAAUUCUCGGCUAGGAAUUUCAUCAAAGAAGCGCGCGAGAACGACGCCACAGUCCUUCAGUACGUGGGCGAAACCUUGCGAUACCUGCUUGCUACCCCAGGCGAAGUCGACCUGGUGACUGGAGAGGACCUGGACAAGAAGCACAGCAUUCGAGCAGUAUAUGGCAACGGACUACGGCCAGAUGUUUGGAACCGCUUCAAGGAACGCUUUAACGUGCCGACGGUUGCCGAAUUCUAUGCUGCUACCGAGAGUCCGGGCGGAACAUGGAACUACUCUUCGAAUGACUUUACCGCUGGAGCGAUUGGACGUAUGGGCGUUGUCAGUGGAUGGCUUUUUGGACGCGGCUUGACUAUCGUCGAAGUAGACCAGGAAUCACAGGUACCAUGGCGCGAUCCUCAAACCGGCUUCUGCAAACCAGUCCCGCGAGGGGAAGCGGGCGAGCUCCUGUAUGCCAUUGAUCCGAGUGACCCUGGUGAAACCUUCCAAGGUUACUACCGCAACUCAGAAGCGAGUGACAGCAAAGUCAUCCGUGACGUGCUGCGCAAGGGCGACGCUUAUUUCCGUACCGGCGACAUGAUGCGAUGGGACAAAGAAGGCCGCUGGUACUUCUCUGACCGUCUCGGCGACACCUUCCGAUGGAAGAGCGAGAAUGUGUCGACUAAUGAGGUGUCGGAGGUGCUGGGCACCCACCCAGAGGUGCAUGAGGCCAACGUGUAUGGUGUAACGUUGCCUAACCACGACGGUCGAGCGGGAUGUGCCGCUGUCGUAUUCGACCAGCAGAUCCAGGCAGCCGACCAGUCGGUUCUUCUUGACCCAUCUUCAGGAACACUUAAGAGUGUUGCAGCGCAUGUCCUGCGCAACCUACCUCGAUUUGCGGCGCCACUUUUCCUGCGGGUUACGCCUGAAAUGCAGGCCACGGGCAACUACAAGCAGCAGAAGCACGUGUUGAGGACUCAGGGUGUUGACCCUAGUCGUAUUGGGAAGAAGGACAAGCUGUACUGGCUUCAGGGAGAUACAUAUCUCCCAUUUGAGCGAAAGGACUGGGAAAGGCUUCAAGCUGGGCAGGUGAGGCUGUAG